AUGGCGUAUGACCUGCUUAUCAAGAACGGGCGCGUGGUUGACGGCUCCGGCGGGCCUGCCUUCUACGCAGAUGUGGCGGUGCAAAAUGGGAAAAUCGUGGGAGUCGGCAAGUUCACUGAAUCGGCCGCUCGCACUAUCGACGCCGACGGCCGAGUAGUGGCCCCCGGGUUCAUUGACCAUCACACCCACUAUGACCCCCAGGCGUUAUGGGACCCCCUCUGCAACUAUACGGUCCAGAACGGCAACACCACCGUGGUAGUUGGACAGUGCGGUCAGACGAUCGCCCCGGCGCGGCCGGGGGACCAGAGAGUGAACGGGGUGAACUUCACUUGGGGAUCCAUCGCGGAGUACCUUGACGCCUUGGGCCAAAGGCGGGGCGUCAACGUGGGCGCCCUGGUCGGCCACUCCGGAGUAAGACGCUACGUUAUGGGUGAAGCAGCCUCGGAGCGGGCCGAGGCCACUGCUGAGGAAAUCGAGUCCAUGAAGCAGUUGGUCCGAGAGGGUAUGCUGGCCGGCGCGCUGGGGUUCAGCACCACCCCCAAGGACCGGGAUGACCCGGCCGGCGUCGCCGCUGAGGAAGAGCGAUAUAUGCUCGGCAGCGUCCUGGGCGAGUUGGGCACCGGCCUCUUCCAGUGGUUGGAAGACUCCUUCAGAGAGGGGAUCAGGGCCUAUGGCUCCUGCAUAUCCAUCACGGCCGGUCCGAUCUUCAACCUGAGGCUGGGAUUGGAUGUUCCCCAGGACGAAGACCUGAUCAGCCCGCACAUCAUGUUCGCGGGUAUGCCCACCUGGGACUCGGUCAUGGCCCGGCCGACUCCGGAGCGUAUGCGGGCUUUCCGGGACACCGAGAUCCGCCGGGCGCUGAGCGCAGAGGCGGUGGAAGGCACCGUUGCCCAGGCGGCGCCGGGGACGGACCGCCGGGGCAGUCCCCGGGGAUUCUUCAACCGGCGCUGGGAUUUGGUAGAGGUCUUCAUGGCCCACCAGGAGCGGAACCGGCAGUUCGAGGGCAAGAGCGUCGAGCAAUUGGCUCAGGAGCAGGGUAAAGGGAUUAUGGAAGCCUUUCUGGAUCUGUCCCUGGACGAAGACCUGGAGACCCACUUCCUGUGCGUUGACCGGAACGUGGACGUUGACUCCCAGAGGCAGAUACUCGGCUCGCCCUACACCGUUAUCGGCACCACCGACGGCGGCGCGCGCCCGGACACGAUGGACCGCUACGAAUACAGCACCAAUCUGCUGGGCUACUGGGUACGGGAAAAGCAGAUUAUGUCACUGGAAGAUGCCGUCUAUCGGCUGACGGGCAAGACCGCCCUGAUGCACGAACUCCAUGACCGCGGCUUCAUCGCCCCGGGCAAAGCCGCCGACCUAACCAUUUUCGAUGCUGACACCAUCGCCUCCAAACCCCGGGAACCGGUGGAUUAUCCCCCGGCCGGCGCUAAUGCCAAGCACGUGAGGCGGGGCGCCAUCGGGAUCGACUAUGUGAUAGUCAACGGCGAGGUUCUGCUGGAAGACGGCGAGCACACCGGAGCGCUGCCCGGCCAGGUCCUCCGGGGGCCCUUGUACCAAGGCUAA